AUGGUCCUGGUCCACGUCGGCUAUUUCGUGCUUCCAGUGUUUGGCUCUGUGCGAAACAGAGGUGCCCCAUUUCAAAGGUCUCAGCAUCCUCACGCUACCUCCUGCCGCCACUUCCAUCUGGGCCCCCCCCAGCCGCAGCAGCUCGCUCCCGACUUCCCCCUGGCCCACCCGGUGCAGUCGCAGCCGGGCCUCAGCGCCCACAUGGCCCCGGCCCACCAGCACAGCGGCGCCCUGCACCAGUCGCUGACCCCGCUGCCCACCCUGCAGUUCCAGGACGUCACAGGUCCCUCCUUCCUACCUCAGGCCCUGCACCAGCAAUACCUCCUGCAGCAGCAGCUCCUGGAAGCCCAGCACCGCAGGCUCCUCUCGCACCCCAGGCGGAGUCAGGAGCGAGUGUCUGUCCACCCUCACCGCCUCCACCCCAGCUUUGACUUCGGCCACCAACUACAGACACCUCAGCCCAGGUAUUUGGCUGAGGGCACUGACUGGGAUCUCAGUGUGGACACCGGCUUGAGUCCCGCUCAGUUCCAGGUGCGGCCCAUGCCUCAGCACUAUCAGCAUUACCUAGCGACUCCUCGAAUGCACCAUUUUCCCCGAAACUCCUCCUCCACGCAGAUGGUCGUCCAUGAAAUCCGAAACUACCCUUACCCUCAGCUUCACUUCCUUGCUCUCCAGGGACUGAAUGCCAGCAGACACACCUCCGCUGUGCGGGAGAGCUAUGAGGAGCUGCUGCAGCUCGAGGACAGGUUGGGAAAUGUGACUCGGGGAGCUGUACAGAACACCAUUGAGAGGUUCACCUUCCCCCACAAGUACAAGAAGCGAAGACCCCAGGACGGCAAGGGCAAGAAGGAAGAGGGGGAGGAGUCAGACACGGAUGAGAAAUGCACAAUCUGUCUGUCUCUGCUGGAAGAUGGAGAAGAUGUGAGGCGCCUACCCUGUAUGCAUCUCUUUCACCAACUGUGUGUGGACCAGUGGCUCGCCAUGAGCAAGAAAUGCCCCAUCUGCCGAGUGGACAUUGAGACACAACUGGGAGCUGACAGCUGA